UUGUGAUUUGGCGCUAUAGAAAUAAAACUGAAUUGAACUGAAUUAAAACUGAAAAAGGUACGACCACUGAACCAGUAAUGAAAGUGAAGACACAACAGGUAUAGUAUAACACAAGAUCCAACUCUUCUUCUGUGGUCUUUCACUUGAAUUGUAGUAUGUUUCAUAUGUAAAAUAAAGCAAACCCAACCCCUCUCACUGGGAACCAAAAUCUGUCCUUUGCAGAUGGAGCUAUAAGUGGCCAUAUUAGGGCAGAAAUACAGAGUCCAGUAACAGGGGCAAUAGGGGUUCGCAGCCCCCUCCCACACACACACACACACACACACACACACACACACACGGUGUAUAUAGUUGGAUGUCGUUCCUUCCUUGACUAUGGUACUGAGGCAGUUUCAGCAGCCACAGCAGACCAGCCUGCCGGACUAGCUGCCGGGAAACAAGCGUCUCCUCCAGCACUGCAGACAGUCACAGACUGGUCGUCAUCGUCUGUUUUCACUCCGGAGACUGCGGAUUUUAAUCCUGAUCUUUACCAGAGGAUGCCUGGAGUGCGCACCGCCUGCCUGAGAUAAACAAAUCUACAGACAUUAAGUCUGCUGUUAUUUGCUGGAAGAUAAAAAUCAACUAUCCGUGAACCAGUCCAGCUGUCCUCUCUGCCCUCCCUCCGGUUUAACUGCGCCGGUUAGACUUGGGAAGAGCAACAGCCUCCACCGGCGCAUCAGUGAGGUAAAAAAGCCCUACAUCAAGCUGCAGCCAUGGAUGAAAUGGACCUGCCCCAGAUGAAGAAGGAGGUGGAGAGCCUCAAAUACCAGCUGGCCUUCAAACGAGAGAAAUCCUCCAAAACUGUGACUGAUUUGGUAAAGUGGAUAGAGGAUGGUGUCCCAGAGGAUCCUUUCCUGAAUCCAGAGCUGAUGAAGAACAACCCGUGGGUGGAAAAAGGAAAGUGCAUCCUUCUCUAAAAGAAACUGCCCAACCUUUCAACUUCAACUGUGCUGUCCAACACACGCCUACAGAUGACCCCUGAACCCGACCCUCCCCAGGCCUGUGAAGACCAUGGCAGCACAGCACCUCCUGACCUCUCACCUUGAAUGUACAAGAGCUGAUAUCUCCCUACCACCCCGAAAACAUCCCCCUGUCCCAACAAGGGCACAGAAACGUGCACAUGACAGAGACACAGGCACACACUAUCACUGGAAACUUUAAGUUUCUCCCUGACUGCCGCCUACUCACUGCAAGUUUAUUCCUGCCACGGCAACGCAUUAUUACUAUGAUAUGACAACAAUGAUCAAUACUCCUACUACAUGUCUUUAUAUGGAUAUAUGACAACUUAUUUAUGCAGCUGCCAGUCCCAAGCUUUCUCUCCUCUUUUAUGAUCACUACUCUUCUUUGAGGGCACUGAAGUUCUUUUAUUCUUGUUGUUUUGAUGUAAUAAACUGUGUAGUCACAAUUUUGCUGCCAAACUGGAGAUCUGCUGAGUGAGUUUUCAGAUUUAAAUCACCUGCUCUUACAAAUGGAUGACAUUACAAAAGAUAAACAAAAUUAAACAGUAGACAAUUUAGCAAUGUGCUUACUGAGAGUUUCAAAGUUCAAAUCCCACUUUGUUUGUCACCUUGGGAAGUGAGCGUACUUGUUGGUUUCGGAAAGUUUGACACACCCUAUUCCCAAGGCAGCAAGGUGUGGGGAAGGGAGUUUCAGAUGUUGUUCAACAAUGUUAAAGCCACUUCCUUUGAGGCAUACUGACACCUUAAGAGAAUACCUGAAAUCUUCAAGAAAUAUUUCAUAAUAAUUGAUGUCACUGGUAGAAGAUCUAUAAUACAUUUGCAUAUUUAAAAAUAUUGGUACAGAAAAUCCCUGGAGCAACAAUAUUUUUCUCAGUAACUGCAUGACCUGUAUUAAGAGUAUGCAAAUUGUUAUUUUAUAUCAGCAUUUUAACCUGAUUAGCAUCCCAUUUCACCUCAUUAUUAAACUAAAGACAAACAAAAGAAGAAAAUACUUUGAAGAACCCAUGAAAAGUUCACCAUGACCUUUCAAAAUUAUUUUCCCAUGCAGUUUUCAUUGUUUUGAUUUUGCACAAGGUGUAAAGCAUGGUUGUCACCUUUACAUUCUGAAGACAAGCUCUGCACCCACUGUCAUUUUGCGUCAGCGUUGAGAGUGUCAUAGCAGCUCUGUUUCUGUUGUCAGAGGAGAAGCUCUGGGUUCCUUCACCUCCUUAACUCUAGACCCUGAGGACAACACACACAUGCAUACAUACUAAACUUGCAAGCUUACCAUGCACACACAGUCUCUCUCCACAUACAGUAUGUACAUACAGACCCCUUUAACUUAUUGUAUAAAUGACCAAGACAGGUUUAUUUAUUUAUUUAUUUAUUAACAAGACCGUUCUCUCACCUAUAGUUUUUGUUCCCUGUGUCUACACUCCCUUAUUGUCAAACAAAUAAAAAAAAGACCAAAAAACACAACUACACCUUGCCAGAUCACCAUCUACAACAGCCUUGUACACAGUUUCCUUAAUACAAGAAUGUAAAUAUGUGGCAUGAGAUUUGAAGAUCGCUACUGACCUCAUAACUGGCCUAUGUGUGCGUGCAUGUAACUGUGUGCAUAUUUUUGUUUUAAGCAUGCAUAAAUUUGGACAUCAGGCUCCCAUGGGGAUUAUAAAGCACACAUAUAUGCAGCUGCAUCUCACACACACAGGCAAGCCUGAGGCCGUGCAGAUCCACAAAACACACACACCCUGCUUAGUGAGAAUGUGUACGAGGGGAGGAGAGGCAAGGAAGUAGGAUUCUUUAAAUGUCUUGGGGCAGGGAAGCCUCACAUAAUCGUUGUACUGUAAUGAGUCUCAUAAUAUGCAUUUUUUCCAAAAUGACCCAAUUCCCAAAAAGAUACUCAGUGCUUGGAAGACUUUGGUCUUUUUAUGUGUAACAACAAAUAUGUAAAGCUGCAUUACCUAACUUCCUCCUCUAAAUUAUGCCCAUUAAGGAUGAAAUGAGAGUCAAAAUCUCCCUCCACUCCUCUUUGCCCCUCCUGCCCUGACUCUGAAAAUACUUCAUAUGUGGCUUUCAUAUGAAAUACUUCAUAUGAAAGCCGGAGACAGUUGUGGUAGUCAUGUAGCACAGCAGUAAUAACCAGCUCCAGAACUAAUGUUUAUGAAACAUAGAGCCCAUAGUGCCAGUGGUUUUCCCUGGCAUGGCAGCAACACAAGGUCAAAUAAAGAGGUUUGCAUUUUAGCAAUAUGAAUACGUACGUCUGACGUUAUUUGUAGCGGAUGUAUCUGCAGUAACACAAGCAAACUAUACAGCGUAAUGUUGUUUCCUAGUAAUAUUGAUACAGUACUAAUAUUCUGGCCACUAUUGCAUUGCAUUCAGUGUUACAUAUUUGACACACAUAAUGUUAUAAGGUAACUGUGAGUUGUAUGUUAAAUGAGAAAUUUCAUGUUACGCUUUGAUAGUCGAACAAACUCCCCACUUUUCUAGUUGUGUUGAUGGUGUAAAUUUGAACAACUUCUCACUAAAAUGUUACAUGGACUGCAGUGUUAUGUCUGACAUAAAGUGGACCCACAUCGGGCAAAAAUUUGUAAACUGAGCAAAAUUACUUGAUUUGCUAAUCCAGGAAAAUGUGCUGCUUUCUACUAAUUGGACAACAAAACCAUAGUGUUGCAGUCAGUUGGAAUGGCUGCAAAUUACAUCCAGAAUCAUUCAGUACAAAGGUACAAAACAGAAAGGCUAAUGUUAGCUUGCUAAUGAUGCUGACAUAUACACAUUAGCCAGUUAUGUGCCCAGAAGAAAGAAAGCCUUAUCUGCUUCAAAUUUUAGCUCUUUGGAUGCUCUCCAUCUCCAACAUG